AUGGCUUAUGCGGUCAAAAUUAUCUUGCGUUUAUGGAAGCUGUUUCGUUCUGUUUCAGGUACAAGCGAUCCGUACGUAAAAUUCAAAGUUGGAGGUCGGCUAUUGUACAAGUCGAAGACCAUCUACAGGGAACUGAAUCCAAUAUGGGAUGAGAAUUUUACGUUAGCCAUUGAAGACCCCUUCAUGCCAGUUCAUAUCAAGGUAUUCGAUUAUGACUGGGGGUUGCAGGAUGAUUUUAUGGGAUCUGCGUACCUGGACCUCACCAAACUCGAUCUUGGAAUUUCUUCAGAUGUGACCUUGAUUCUACGUGACCCCGGCAAGUCUGAAUAUCUGGGACAGAUUCUUCUUACAGCCACCCUCUGGCCUCGCACUCAGGAAGACAAAGACCUGACUUACGAUAUUAAUAACAGGAAACAGGUUUGUUAACUGUGUGCAUGUGAAAAAAAUAGCAAAUGUUUACUGUGCAAGAAAAAUCAAGUUCUUAGAAUUUUUUCUUUAAAUCCGAAACCGGCAGUGAUAUAACGGCUAAAGCUGCCAUCAUAAAUUAUAUAAUUUGUAUUUUCCUUCUAUUUUAACACGUGACUUUUCUCUACCCGACAUUAAUUACAAUUAUUUACGCUAGAUAUCUGUUGUACAAAGACGAUAUUAUGUUUGCGUAAUUUUAAGAAAAAUAUGAAUUAAUUUUGAUGAAUUUUCCGAGACGUGCAACUAUGUUCCACUGCAAAACGAAGGCGAAAACUAUCCAUGGCCUCCUCAUAUCUCCUCUUCCAUUCGGCCCUCUGUUAGGACCGUCUGUCCGAGGCUUUGAUUGAGGUUUCGAAACAUCUUCCUUUUUACGGUGCAAGGCU